CCGCGCCCAACCUCUCCGAGUUCGCCGGGUCAGUCAGGUGCCACCCUGAAGAGGAUGGAAGUGGUUGGGGACGCCAGUGGUUCGGAACCCGGCGAGAUCCGGGCUCUGAAGCCGUGUCUGCUGCGCCGCAACCACAGCCGCGAACAGCACGGCGUGGCGGCCUCCUGCCUCGAGGAGCUGAGGAGCAAGGCCUGUGACAUUCUGGCCAUUGAUAAGUCCCUGGCUCCAGUCACCCUGGUCCUGGCAGAGGAUGGCACCAUAGUGGAUGAUGACGAUUACUUCCUGUGCCUACCUUCCAAUACUAAGUUCGUGGCAUUGGCCAGGAAUGAGAAGUGGGCAUACCACAAUUCAGAUGGAGGUACGGCUUGGAUUUCCCAAGAGUCCUUUGACGUAGAUGAAACAGACAGUGGGGCAGGGUUGAAAUGGAAGAAUGUGGCCAGGCAGCUGAAAGAAGAUCUAUCCAGCAUCAUCCUCCUAUCAGAGGAUGACCUCCAGGUGCUCAUUGAUGUUCCAUGUUCAGACCUGGCUCAGGAACUAUGCCAAAGCUGUGUCACAGUCCGGGGGCUCCAGAACACCCUCCAGCAGGUACUUGACCAGAGAGAGGAAGCCCGUCAGUCCAAGCAGCUCUUGGAGCUUUACCUCCAGGCUUUGGAGAAGGAGGGCAGCGUCUUGUCAAAGCAGCAAGAGUCCAAAGCUGGCUUCAGUGACGAGAGCGAUGCAGUUGACACGGGUCUUAGCAGAGAGAGCUCCUCUGAAACUGCACUUACGAGCCAGCUCCUCACUGCACUGAAGGAGAAGCCUGCUCCAGAGCUGAGUCUCUCUAGUCAGGAUUUGGAGCUGGUUACCAAGGAAGACCCCAAAGCAUUGGCUGUUGCUUUGAAGUGGGAUAUAAAGAAGACGGAAACUGUUCAACAGGCCUGUAAUCAGGAACUAAGCCUGCGCCUCCAGCAGAUACAGAGCCUGCAUUCUCUCAGGAAUAUUUCAGCAAGGAAGAAUUCGCUGCCUGGAGAACUGCAGAAUCCUAAACGAGCUAAACAAGACCCCACAGAGUAUAGCUGAAAAUAUGCCCAAAAAACCCCCGUGACCUUGUUUUUAGUUGUCAGUAAAUGCAUUCAGCCUAGUUAUUUCACUUACCUACCACUCCACUCCCUGCCUUGGAGUCGGUUCUCCUGGAACAGGCUAAAAGACUAGCCUCCUGCCUCCUCCAGAUUUCAACAUAUGCCCUUCCACCUGUUUUAAAUGAUAUGGCUGCAUUAACAAUGCCCCACCUCUUCUGAUAACAUGUUCUUAUGUUCUCUGUUUAAAGGUAAUUGUGGAGUGAAAAGAAAGUGUCAUAUUGAAGACUCAGUAUUCUUGUUCUAAAGCUAGAAAUGCAGAAUUUUAAACAAAUGAUAGGGAACGUGACAGUGUGUCGAUUAUGGCCACAAACUUCUUUCCCAAGUUAAUGAAUUUUUUUGUUUGUUUGUUUAAAGGCUCAUAUUAAGUUUGCUCAUAUUAAGUAGGGACACACUGAGAGUCUAAUUCACCAUCUCUAAUAUCUAAUUCAGUAUUGUGAAAUUAUAUCUGUUACCACUGUGAAACUCUUUUCAGUUUUCUAAUAUGUUUUAUCAGCAGGGGGUAUGAAAGGUCAUUAAAUUGAUUUCCAUGCAGUAUGACUUGAAGUCUCUCUCGGUGCAGAGCAGAGACUUCUGGUUUCUAUACCUCCUAUUUCUGUACAAACUUGUUCUUCAGGUUUUGUAAUCUACCAGACGGUCUCCUUGCAGAGAAUAGGUAAUUAGUUAUCAUUGACUUAUUUGACUUUUUUUAAGCAUGCUUAGAGGAAAACAGAAGGCUAGUAAGAGAUACAUGGGCUAAUUAUUAAAGAAAUACAACAAUAAGUCCUGGAGUGAGAGUGGAGUGCAGAAAGCAAACAGAACAAAAUAACUGUUUCCUUCUCCUGUCAUCAUCAAGGACAGCUUGGAUCUACUCAGCAUCCUUUUCCUAAUGCCUUAUGCCAUUGGUUCUCACUUAUUAGCCAUAAUAUUUUCUUUUUUAAUAGCACAUUUUUUAAUGCCUCCUUAAUUAUCCUAAAUGAAAGCCAGAGCUGAUAACCUGCCUAUAUGCAUACUUUCAAAAGCACUGACAUAGUACCCCAAAUGUACUAUCUCAGAAGAAGCAAAAGGAAAAUAAUUUCCAAUAAAAUGGCAUGUAUCUCAGUA